GCGGCCCCUCUGCCGCCCGCCAUCGAGCGGAUGCUCGGUGGGAGCUCUGCUGCCCAGCGGCCCGCGCCGCAGCCGCCGCGGCCGCCGAGCAGAUUGCUCGAGCCGCCGCCGCCGCCGGCACCGGCCGGCACCGGCGCGGGUGCGUCGAAAGCCGAGGGCUCAUGCAGCUUUGAGGCUGCGCUGGCGGACGAGAUGGGUGUUCGCUUGGACGCGGCCGAGGCGCACGAGCAGCUGCUCCAGGCGCAAGGCGGCGGCGAUACGCCUGCCGCCGCCGCCACACCCGCCGCCACGCCGGCCGCUUCCGCGACAGCGACGGCGGCGGCGGCGGCGGGCGGCGGCGCCGCAUCGGACGCGACGAGCUUACGAGGCAAGGCGCCGCUGCCGCCGCAGCCACCCUCGCCCGCCAUGUCCGCCGGGGCCGGCACCUCCUCCUCGGAAUGGCACCAGAUCUCCUCCCAGCUCGGAGCAGCGCUCGGCUGGGACGGCACUGCCAUGACCGCCGCAUCGUCGCUCGGGCUCGCGCCGCUCUCGCCGCCGAUGCGGUCGGCGCUCGGAGAGGCCGUGUCCGGCUGCGACUCGAUCGACUCUUCGCGCGGAGAGAUGCAGCAGGCCGUCCUUUCGGAGCUGAGCAACGCCGCGCUGGAGCUGCUCGCGCAGGAGCACGAGGCUGGCGUUCCGGCGGCAGCCGAGGAGUGGGCACCGCUGCCGCCGCUCCCUCCUCCCUUCCUGGGCGACAGCGCCAAGGAGCGGGGCGCGCCGGCGGGGACGGGCGUGCGCGAUGCGCUGACGGAGCUGGAUCGCAUCCGCCAGUCCAUCGAGCAACAGGCAGGCCAGCACCAGGCAGGCCAGCACCAGGCAGCCGCCGCCCCGCCGGAUAGCAAGGAGGCCGAAGACGUGUGCACGACGGACUGGGAAAUUCGCGUGCUUCACAGGGCUCAGGGCCCGUCCGCCACCGCCCUCGCCGCGCUGAGCGCCGCCGGGUCUGGCAACGGCACUCUGUCAGUGGCAGAGCGGCUUCUGCUGUGCGGCGCCCUCUCCGCGACGAACAAGGAGCGGGUGCACCGCGCAGCGCCGAAGGUGCCGCCGCGCAAGAAGUGCGAGGCGUGCGGCGCCCUCAACCCUACGGCGCGACAGCACUGCUGCGCGUGCGGGACGCGGUUCGUUCUCAAGCAGAAGAAGGGCUCCCUCGAUCUGCCGCCGUUGCGGGCGGUCCGCGACGGCAUGCGCGACGAGGACCUCGACAUCGUCGGCGGCGACGGAAUCACCGGCGACUUCCUGGGCGACGCGGCGUCCGUCUCGCUCGCGGGUCCGGUGCCCCGGCCCGGCUCGAGCGUCGGGUCGGACAAGGAGGACGAGGGAGAGGCGGCGGAGGGCCGCCCGCCGACGGCCCGCAAGGGAGUCGCGCGUGUGUCGUCGUGGGCCCCACCCCGGCCGCGAGGCAAGAAGGUGUGUCCCUCUUGCACGACCAGCAACGACAUGCUCGCCCUCGCUUGCUCCUUCUGCUCGGCAAAGUUUUGCGUCAAGCAGACGGCGCAGCUGCGGACGCACGGCGGCGGAGGCGGGAGCGGCGGCGAGGUGUACGCCGAGCUGGAGCCGCAGGUGGACGCCGACAGCGAGGUUGCGGGUCCCAACGGCGACAUCUCGACGCGCGCUUUUGGGCAGCUGCCCCUCGAGUCGCAGAUCCUCGUGAUGCAGGAGAAGGCUGCGCAGCGGCUGCUCGCGCAGACCCUCGCGCGCCAGAUGGCGGAGGAGGUUUCCUCCAACCCGGAGCUGGCGGCGGACCCGCGCAGGCAGCUCGAGCUCAAGCAGCUCGCGCAGCAGCAGCUCCUCUACCAGAUGGCGCUCGCGUGCCACGCCGCAGCGCCGAACAUCGCCGCCGAGCGGUCCUUGCCGGCGGCGGGCGGCGCAGGGACGCCAUCGGAGCCGUUCGGUCUCUCCUCGGGCGUGCGCGGCGGCGACGGGCUCGGCGCGCCGGGCAGGUCGGCGGAGGGGCUGCGCCUCGCCGCCGUCGCCGCAGCGGAGGCGGAGCGCGACCUCCUCGGCAGCUCGGCGGCGCUGCUCGGCCAGAUGUCGGCGCUGCCGCGCGGGAGGGGCCAAGGCGGCGCGAGGGCGCCGGCGCACCUGCAGCUGGCCGCGCGGAUGCCAAACACGUCUGCCAAGCGGCUGCUCAAGCAGCUCGCCGACUUCAACCCGUCGGGGAACCAGGACUCGGCCGCCAACGUGCUGCUUCCCAACGAGAAGGAGUCGCGCCGCAGAGGGUCGAGCUGGAGCUUGCAGUUCUCUGCGUGCGGCACGACGGCAGACGAGGAGGGCCCGCCGCCCGAUGGGGCGUCGCUGCCGGGCGGGGCUGUGGCGAGCGAAGGAGGCGGGGCCCCUGGCGGGGGCUACCCGCCCGGCGAGGCACCGCCGCUCGCGGGCUCGGACACCGCGCGCGAUGCCACAGAGGCGCUCGCCGCCACCGCGCUGUCGUGCGGUUCGCACGCCCGCGCAAACUGCAACGGCAGCAGGAGCGGGAGCGAUGCCGACUCGGCGGCUCAGUCGGAAGCGUCCAGCGACGCGGACGGGUUGGAGGGGGAGGGAGAGGAGGCGGCCGAUGGCGCCGCCGCCGACGCGCCGCAAGUUUCGCCCGCUCCGCCGACGGAAGGCCUCUUCCGGAGGACAGUCUCGGUGGCGGCGGCGCUGACUCUGUCCGAGGGCCUGACCUCGGGCUUCUCCAACGCGACAUCCGGCGCGGCGACUACGUAGCUGGCGAGGCGGGGAAGGGGAAGGGGAGGGGAGGAGGCGCACAGAGACUGUAUGCAAGGCCAUAAGAGGCCGGGGCGGGGAGACGGGGGGGCGGUAUGCACUUGCCCGCUAGUCACGCGGUUCCAUGCCGAGGCAAACCCAAAAACAGCCAGUCGUGAGUUUUGUGUAUACACCGCGGCAGAUG